GAUGGACACACAAGCAGGAAUAUCUCAGAAGGACAUCUAAUGUUAUCCCCGGAUUGUGAAAUAAAAGAUAAUGACAGUAGACAGGAUUCUCCAGGAGCUAACCCCAUUACCCCAAUUAUACAUCCAGCUCUAUCAGCUGAUCCCUCUGAUCCUGGGAAAUGUUCUCCUGAUCACUCUGAUAUUGGUGCAUGUGAUACAGCUCUGACAGUAGAUACAGUGUUUCCCUGUUCUAUAGAUGCUAAAUGUUUUACACAGAACACAAACCUUAUUACCCAUCAACCAGCUAAGGCAGGUGAGAGGCCAUUUCCGUGUUCUGAGUGUGGGAAAUGUUUUACACAGAAAUCAGAUCUUGUUACACAUCAGAGAAGUCACACAGGUGAGAAUCCAUUGUCUUGCUCUGAGUGUGGGAAAAGUUUUACAUACAAAACACUUGUAAUACAUAAUAGAAUACAUACAGGUGAGAAACCAUAUUCCUGUUCUGAGUGUGGGAAAUGUUUUACAUACAAAACAACUCUUGAUGCACAUAAGAGAAGUCACACAGGUGAGAAGCCAUUUUUUUGCUCUGAGUGCAGGAAAUGUUUUAUCCGGAAAUCACAACUUGUUACACAUCAGCGAAGUCACACAGGUGAGAGACCGUUUCCAUGUUCUGAGUGUGGGAAAUGUUUUGCACACAAAUCAGAUCUUGUUAGACAUAACAGAAGUCACACAGGUGAGAAGCCAUUUUCUUGCUCUGAGUGCGGGAAAUGUUUUACACGGAAAUCACAACUUGUUGCACAUCAGCGAAGUCACACAGGUGAGAAUCUAUUUUCUUGCUCUGAGUGCGGAAAAUGUUUUACCUGGAAAUCACAACUUGUUAUACAUCAGCGAAGUCACACAGGUGUGAAGUCAUUUCCAUGUUCUGAGUGUGGGAAAUGCUUUGCACAGAAAUCAGAUCUUGUUAGACAUAACAGAAGUCACACAGGUGAGAAGCCAUUUUCUUGCUCUGAGUGCGGGAAAUGUUUUACACGGAAAUCACAACUUGUUACACAUCAGCGAAGUCACACAGGUGAGAAUCUAUUUUCUUGCUCUGAGUGCGGAAAAUGUUUUACCUGGAAAUCACAACUUGUUAUACAUCAGCGAAGUCACACAGGUGUGAAGUCAUUUCCAUGUUCUGAGUGUGGGAAAUGCUUUGCACAGAAAUCAGAUCUUGUUAGACAUAACAGAAGUCACACAGGUGAGAAGCCAUUUUCUUGCUCUGAGUGCGGGAAAUGUUUUACACGGAAAUCACAACUUGUUACACAUCAGCGAAGUCACACAGGUGAGAAUCUAUUUUCUUGCUCUGAGUGCGGAAAAUGUUUUACCUGGAAAUCACAACUUGUUAUACAUCAGCGAAGUCACACAGGUGAGAAGUCAUUUCCAUGUUCUGAGUGUGGGAAAUGCUUUGCACAGAAAUCAGAUCUUGUUAGACAUAACAGAAGUCACACAGGUGAGAAGCCAUUUUCUUGCUCUGAGUGUGGGAAAUAUUUUGCACGGAAAGCAGAUCUUAUUACACAUCAGCGAAGUCACACAGGUGAGAGGCCAUUUCCAUGUUCUGAGUGUGGGAAAUGUUUUGCACAGAAAUCACAUCUUGUUGUACAUCAGCUAAGUCACACAGGUGAGAAUCCAUUUCCUUGCUCUGAGUGUGAGAAAUGUUUUACCUGGAAAUCACAACUUGUUACACAUCAGCGAAGUCACACAGGUGAGAAGCUAUUUCCAUGUUCUGAGUGUGGGAAAUGUUUUGCACACAAAUCAGAUCUUGUUAGACAUAACAGAAGUCACACAGGUGAGAAGCCAUUUUCUUGCUCUGAGUGCGGGAAAUGUUUUAUCCGGAAAUCACAACUUGUCACACAUCUGCGAAGUCACACAGGUGAGAAGCCAUUUUCUUGCUCUGAGUGUGGGAAAUGUUUUACACAGAAAUCACAACUUGUUACACAUCAGCGAAGUCACACCGGUGAGAGGCCAUUUCCAUGUUCUGAGAAAUAAAUCAGCUCUUGUUGCACACAAUAGACAUCACUCAGGUGAGGAACCAUUUUAGUCUUCUGGAGUAUACUACUUAUUGCCAUGUAAUGUUCUUCAAGGUUCUUAUCCUAUCUCUUAUGCUUUUUGCAAUAUACAUGCUACCACUGGGUAUAAUAAUCAGACGUCAUGUCCAUAUCUACCACAGCUAUGCAGAUGACCUGCCUUUUGCUCCAAGUACUGAGAACCCAGUACCAAUCCUAAAUGGUAGUCUAGCUGAGCUCCAGGUGUGGGUGAUGCCAGUUGCCUGUGACUCAGUCCUGGUGAAACAGGUCCUUAUGAUAGAAGCUCACCAACAAAGGGCAGGGCUACAGCUCAGCUUUGCAAACCAACCAGACUUACGCUUGGGGGUUCAUAGUUACAAAAUGCUGAUCCUGUGUGGAAUCUUGGUGUCCUAGAUGGUGGAAUGACAGAUAUCAGGUAUCAGUCACAAUCAGAUCCUCAUCUGAGGAACUUAGCCAGACUCCAGCACUUAUUUCCCUCAGAAGAUCUACCUACAGUCAUACAUGCACUUGUAUCAUCACUCCUAGAAUACUGUAAUGUCCUCUACCUGGGUCUCCCAGCAAAAGAAUUGCACCGCUUACAGCUUGUACAGAAUGCAGCAGCCAGGAUGUUACCUAAUCAGCCCGUUCCUGCCACAUAACAUCUAUUUUCUGCUCCCUUCACCAGCUGACUGCAAGAUGGUGACUCUGGGCCUAAUUCAGGUUGGAUUGCAGUGUGCAAUCCACACGGAAUUAUUGAGAAAAAGUUGCGGGCGCAUGCGCAGCGCCCGUCCUGCACAUGCGCCUGCAUUCUCUGCGGAGGGCAGCAGAAAAUGCGAUUGCUCCUUGUUAAUCAGGCAGAGGUGGUCACGGGGUGGGGGGCAAUGCUCCAUUUACAGGAAGAAGAUGGAGAUUUGCAAGUGCGGACGGGAGGUGGACAAACGGGGGCGUGAUCACGGUGGCUGCAUGGCAUCACACGCAGCUGUCGCGAUCGAGGAGAAUGCGAUGGGGCUAUGCUGUGCCGCCAGGAUGCUUCACUAAUUUCUAAGAUAAAGCAGAAAUUGUGAAGCGAUCGCAAUUUCUGCUUCAUCAAGGGGGAGGCGCCGGUCAGCAUACUGGGGUGGCCUUGCCCUGCGAUGAGUGGCCCCUAGCACGCUAGAAAAAGGAUUGCAAAUUCUGCUAAUUAGCAGCAUCUGCUAUCCUUACUGAUUUACUGUAUGCCCCUAUUACAGAAUCUUACUGACUCUCCCAGCCCUACAUGACCAGGGUACAUGUACCAGAAGCAGCUUCUGCCUCCUUACUGCCCUGGUUACUUCCAUCUGUUGAUGAAGGAUUGUUAGUAUUACCAUAAAUCCCCAAGCAGUGCUUAGAUGUCGGGGAGACAGGUGGGUGGCAGUGGCAAUAGUGGGGGAGAGACUGGGUGGAAGGAGACAGGGUGGUGGCAGUAGUGCGGGGAGACAGGUUAG